GUUUUACGUCAGUUCAAAGCAAAGGUUCGGCGGCUUGUUCACCGUCUGACAUGGGGUCCUCGUGGUCGGCGAAUGACGAGCUUCCCGGGUCUCCAUCCACAGCUGCCCCCGCGAACCCACCUGCGAAAGCAGCCGCGCCGGCCUCCCUCGCACAGGACUCUGCUUUUAAAAACUGCUGGAGCUGUCGCUUGCUUUCUGGGUCUGCGCUCUUGGGGGCGGGCGCCUACGUCUACCUGCUGGCCAGGAGGCCCAUGAAGCAGGGGAUGCCGCCGAACCCAGGCGCCAUAACGCAGAUGGUCGUCGGCAUCAGUAUUGCCUGUUGGGGUGUAGUUGUCCUGGCAGACCCCAGAGGGAAGUCCCACCGAGUUGUUUGAAAGCACCAGCAGUUAACUGCUGCAAGGCAGGAAAAAAAAAAAAAAAAACAGCCUUGUGGUGGUGGAUAUUCUUGGCAGUCAUGGACAAGGAUGCAGUUCAUUAUAGGACAUACUAAGAAGACAGUGACAACAUGAGCUGCCAUUCUUUGGCCAUGGAUGUUUAUGGUUUUCUCCCCUCAGGUUAUAAAGGGGCAAAUAAAUCCCCAGGAAGCAAAAAUGGUUCCGUGUCUUGUCCAGGAAGGUUGUGUGUAAUUCAAAUUAUACUGAAAGAUGACAGUUUUAAGAAGUUAUUAAAAUGGAGUAAAUGAUAGGCCAAUAAUGAAAUAAACUAUUUUAUUAUUAUA